CGCACCGGGCUCGCCAUGGACUACUCCUACCUCAACUCCUACGAGUCCUGCGUGGCCGCCAUGGAGGCGAGCUACGAGUUCAGCCCCUGCAGCCAGGCGGGCUCCUUCCAGUACAGUCCCAUGCGGGGGGGCUUCGGGCCCGCGCCCGCCUGCGCCCCCCUCGCCUCCGCCAGCUGCGCCCUGGGUGCCCUCCGCGACCACCAGCCCUCGCCCUACUCGGCAGUUCCCUACAAAUUCUUCUCGGACCCGUCGGGGAUCAACGAGAAGCGGAAGCAGCGGCGGAUCCGGACAACAUUCACCAGCUCGCAGCUGAAGGAGCUGGAGAGGGUCUUUGCCGAGACCCACUACCCCGACAUCUACACCCGCGAGGAGCUGGCCCUCAAGAUCGACCUCACCGAGGCCCGGGUGCAGGUGUGGUUCCAGAACCGGCGAGCCAAAUUCCGCAAGCAGGAGCGUGCGGCCAAUGCCAAGGGUGCCAGUGGCACCGGCAGUGCCGGGAAGAAGUCGGAGCCGCGCUCCUCGUCGGAAGACGACGAAUCCAAGGAAUCCAACUGCAGCCCGACCCCAGACAGCACGGCGUCCCUGCCCGCCGCUGCCAUCGGCAGCCCCGGCGGCAGCCUGAGCCCCAGCCCCGGCGCGGGGGCACCCCUGGGACCCGGCCAUGCUCCCCAGCCCCUCAAGGCACCCCUCUGGGCAGGGGUGGGCGGCGGCAGCGGUGCCCCCAACACGGCCGAGCUGCUCAAGGCCUGGCAGCCCACCGAGGCUGUGCCGGGACCCUUCUCCGGCGUCCUCUCCUCCUUCCAUCGGAAACCAAACGGCAUCAAGACAAACCUCUUCUGAUCGCCGAGCCACCGGAUCCGGCUGCCCCCCAAACCCCCCUCGGCCCCCGCCCUGCACCCUCCACCCACCGCCCCCACCGCGGACCCGGCCACGCUGCUUCAGCAAACGGGGAGAGGGAGCAGGGGCCGCCCCCCGCCCCCUCCCGGACCCUGCGCUGACGGGACGGACCCGGCGUGGGGGCAGCUCCCCCCGACACCCGGGGGUGCUGCGGGACCGUGGGGUGCCAGGCGGGGGACACCAGCCCCGUGCUCAGCCCCUUUCGGCUCCGGGGGCACUGCAGGGUUGGGGGCAGAUGCGGGGCUCCCCACAGCGCUGCCCCAGGAGACGCCCCCCUCACUGGUCUGUGCCGCUGGGCUGGGGGCGAGCAAGCACUUUAUGGGGGGGGUGUUCUGGGCCCCACGGGGGGCAGUGCCGGGGACUCCGCUAUGGAGAUGCCCCUUGCUGUGGGGAGGGGCUGAUUUCCCCCAGAUCCUGCCUGCUGAUAAGGAUUCCGCCGCAGCAGCACCCUGGCAGGAAGAAGACACACACCCCCCACCCCUGAAUAUUUCGGGGAGGAAACGCAGGGCUGGGGGGUUCAGCAUUCAUCUGCCUUGCUGCAGGCAUUGCCAAUGGGGACAGGGCACCAGAGCUGCUGGGGGUGAGGUGGGAUGGAACCCCCUGGAGCAGCCAGUGGGAUGCCUGGGAGCAGCCAGGACCCCCUGGAGCUGGCACGAGUGCAGCCGGGACUCCCCACACCCCGCCGUGACCGCCCAAAGAGUUCCCGAAGCGGGGGUGGUGCCCCCACUGCACCGGUGCUGCUGUGCUGGGGGCUUCAUGGCAUGGUGAGGAUGCUGGCAGCCCAUCCCUGUGUCCCUGUUCCCCCUGUGUUCCCCAAGGCCCCCCUCCCCCCGAGGUGGAUUCCCUACUUUUCUUUCAUUUUUUUUUUUUUAACCAUUCUGUAAUUUAUUACCCAUGUUUGCAAAUGCCACUAAUCCAAAUUAAACUUAAUUUAUUGACGCUG